AACCACGCGUCUCCAGAAGGAAAACAGAGAAAGGAAAAAAGUUGGCCCACGCGACUCCAGUGAUGUCACGAGCAUGUGACCCUGCUUCUCCAGUGACAGUGUACUGAGGGAAAGAAAAAAGAUUUUUUAAAGGCUCGUGCCUCUUUGGGUUUGUGUGAAGGCUCCGCUCACCUCCUGAGCAACCACAGAACCGCAGAAAAGUUCGGCUCAGGAUUUUUGCACGGCGGCACGUAAAUGGUUAAGUGUCGCCGGUCAACUUCAGGAUUGAGGACCGCACCAACCAAGACGUCAAGGGUCACCGAAAACCGCAGAGAAGCAAAAUUUGGGCGACCAUGGCAUCCAACAGCCUCUUUAGUUCUGUGACCCCAUGUCAGCAGAACUUCUUCUGGGAUCCCAGCGCCGGCCGGAGGUUCAGUCCGCCGGUGUCGGUGAAGAUGAAUGAUGUGAACCCGAGCGCAGGACAGCAGCAGCAGGACAGCGCGGUGGUGCCAAGACUCCGCGCGCAAGAGAACCGCUCCAUGGCCGAGAUCAUCGCCGACCACCCCGCAGAACUGGUGCGGACCGACAGUCCGAACUUUCUCUGCUCGGUGUUGCCUUCUCAUUGGAGAUGUAAUAAAACGCUACCAGUUGCAUUUAAGGUGGUGGCCCUGGGAGAGGUUUCUGAUGGGACGGUGGUCACAGUAAUGGCUGGGAAUGAUGAGAAUUAUUCAGCUGAGCUCAGGAAUGCCUCAGGUGUUAUGAAGAACCAGGUGGCCCGCUUCAACGACCUGCGCUUUGUGGGCCGAAGUGGAAGAGGGAAGAGCUUCACCCUGACGAUUACAGUAUUCACAAACCCACCGCAAGUGGCCACUUACCACAGAGCCAUUAAGGUCACGGUGGACGGACCGCGGGAGCCCAGGAGGCACAGGCCGAAGUUGGAUGACUCGCCGAAGGCUGGACUGUUCUCGGACCGUCUCAGUGAACUGGAGCGCAUCCGGCAGACCACCAUGCGGGUUACUGUGCCAACACAAACGCCACGGCCCUCGCUUAGCAGUCCCAACUCCUUCACACCUCAGGGGCAGACUCAGAUUACAGAUCCACGCCAGGCUCAGUCUUCCCCACCUUGGUCAUAUGACCAGACGUACCCAUCUUACCUGAGUCCCAUGGCCUCCCCGUCUGUGCACUCCACAACCCCGCUCUCAUCCAGCCGGGCCACAGGGCUGCCCUCCAUCAGCGAUGUGCCCAGACGCCUCCCAGGUUCGACAGAUUUGAGUCCUUUUCCUGGCCAGUUUGAGCGUCAGUUCCCCACUUUCUCAUCACUCACAGAGAGCCGAUUUUCCAGUCCCAGAAUGCACUACCCGGCCACCUUCACAUACACGCCCACCCCUGUCACCACCGGUAUGUCACUUGGCAGUGCUCACUACCACACCUACCUUCCCCCGCCGUACCCCGGCUCCACCCAGAGCCAAAGUGGACCCUUCCAGAGCAGCAGCACACCUUAUCUCUACUACGGCGCCUCCUCGGGCUCCUACCAGUUCUCUAUGGUUCCCGGAGGAGACCGAUCGCCCACUCGGAUGAUGCCACCUUGUACUAGCGCAUCCACAGGAACCAGCCUGGUCAACCCCAACCUCCCGGUCCAGGCCGAUGGAGGUGGGGGGGUGGAGGGAGAUGGAAGUCAUAGCAACUCCCCCACUCUUCUCAAUCCUGCUGGUAGAAUGGAUGAAGGCGUGUGGCGGCCAUAUUGAACAGACAAUUAUAUAAACAUGGAACCUUCAAACAAACAGCAUGGUUUUAAAGCACAAACCUUACUAGGAUGCUCAUCCUGUCUCGCUGAACUACAUUCCCUCGCUAACAUAAGUAUUUAUGAGCCUGUUGAAAGGGAAGUAUUUUUUACAUUGGACUUUGUUGUUGUAAUACAUUAUUCUGGACCUUUUGACCUCUGGGAUUCAUUGUCAUAGGAUGGAUUAUUUGGAAUUGAAGGAAUAGAGAUGGAUCGAGAAUUUCAUUAUCAUUAUGUUAUUAUUUACUUGUCUUGGCAUGUUUAUAAUAUAUCAUUUAAAGCACUGAACAACAUCUGCAUGACAGUUUGUGAUCAAAUAUCUCUUUUUGUGCUUUUUUAACUUAAGCAUUUAAGUUAUAUGUAUUUGACAAAAGUAACUUAUAAAGCCGUAGAUUGAUUAAUGUAUUUGGAACUUGAGUCAUAGAGGGAAUAUUUUUGUAAAGCAUCUAUGUUCAAGUUAAUGCAACUAAUUUAGGGUAAUUUAAAUUUCUGUGCCUUAAUUGAUCACACAAAGUUGUACGUUUAAGUCAAUUGCGUUUCAAACGAAAUAGGGUCUCUGUGUCUAAGUACACUACAUUUGUAAGCAGUUAAUGUUGCUUUAUGCUAAGUGCUUUUUCACUGUUUUAAAGCUUUUAACCAAAGAAACAGACACGGAUGCUUGAAAGUGUUUGCCAGUGUGCUACAUCAAGCUUUCUUUGAGUAGCGUGCAUGUGCUGGGAUAAUUUAUUUAGCUUUUAUGUUGCUUAAUCAAAUGCGGCUGGGAAAGGUUUCCAGUGGGGAAUAUUGAAGGUUCUGGAUGUAUCGUACACGGAUAUUGUUUUCCUGAUAACUGGAGCAAUUCAUAUCCUCAAAAAAGAGGGGUAAUGCACUCAGUUAUAGCACUAUAUUACCCAUUGCAACAAUGCAGCAGGAGUAAAUUCUUUUUUUAUUAUUAUUUUUUUAAUAGUAUGUAAACAUUCAAAGUUUGGGAUCAGUAAUUCUUUUAGGAAAUCAAUAUUCUGCAAAGAUGCAUUAAAUUGAAAAAAAUGACAGUAGAGACAUUAACAUGGAUUAAAAAAAAAUAAUAAUCUAUUUUAAACUUAAAGCUGUUGUUUUUUAUUCUUCAAAGAAUCCUUGAAAGAGAAAUGUAUCCGUGUCUACAAAAGAUAUGAAAAUGUUUAAAAAAUGUCAACUGUUUUCAAUCAUUAUAAAUGUUAGAAACAUUAAUAAUAAUAAAAAUAAUAAUAAUACAUUGUGGAGCAGAAAAUCUGCAUAUUAGAAUGAUAUCUGAAUGAUCAUGUGACACUGAAGACUGGAGAAAUGAUGCUGAAAAUACAGCUUUGCAUCACAUAAAGUACAUUUUAAAAUAUGUUCAGAAAGAAAAAUAUUAUGUGAUAUUUCACAACAUUACUGUUUUUUCUCUAUCUUCAUAAAAUUAAUGCAGCAUACAUUUUUCUUUUCUUUUUUUUAUUCCAAAAACAUUUUUAAAAAAAUCUUACUGAGCCCAAACUUUUGAACGGUUGUGUAGAUACAUUUUAUUCCAUUGAUGUGGUGGUACAUUGUCAGUUAUGUUAAUGAAAAUCUUCAUUAUCAGCUUUUAUCCUUCGUUCACCAGUCAUCAACAGAUUGAUUUACCCAACUGCAAUCGUCUGACAGAGUUAUAUUUAUUGAGUGCCUUACAGUUGGAACUAAACAGACCUCACCAAACAACCGAAAGCUUUCCUUGAAGCAGUGCUUUUUAUACGGCUUGUAAGCCCAUAUUUAAGCAAUUAAAUUAAAAUAAACCAAAGCUCUUAGUUUGAGUUGGAUGUAUUUCUGACCUUCUUUACCUUAACAUUGGUCCAGUAUUGCAUUUCUGGCAGGACUAGUCAUGGUUCUUUUUGGCUGCUUUUAAUCAGGGCCGUUGCUUGAAUUCAUCACAGGAUCCAAGUCAGCAUUCCCUGUUAUCCCAUCCUGACGGCAAAACGGCUUUAAAUCAGGACGUCUACCUAUAGAUCGAAAUAGCUGUGAGUGUGUACGAAAUGUUUACAACGUUCAGAGACCAUGUUGUAUAUUACAGGAGGUAAAUACACCACCCUAGUUUUGUUGAAUUAUUAUCUCAUUUCUCCUUUUGUAAAUUAGUAGUAUUUAUCUGACAGGUUAACUUGUAGCAAAUUUGUCUGGUUCUUGCAUGCUUUAUUUCCUUUGCACAACUGUGUUUAAAUUAUCUGGCUUUUCUUCCCUGUGAAGCCUGUUCUCUUUUAUCCACGGAUAGAAAAAGGGUUUAAGGGAAAUUAUCAUGACAACAGUGAAAGAAAUUGGCUUUUUUGAUUGUUGUAUGUUGUUAUAAUAGUUUUCUUUGUAAGAGAAAUAAAAAGAAAUUUUUGCAAUGA